UCCAACCGCACUAUAAAACCACAAGCCGUUGGAUUAUCACUUCAAUAAGCUUUCGUUAACCACAGCACAACUACCCCAUUAAUCUCUCGCUUCCCUUUUUUUGAUAGGAGACCCCAUUUAAUUUCACAUUUCACUAUCCAUAGCCAUGUAUAACCACAUCCACCAUUAAAAUGUUAUUUUAUAUAAUAAGUAAAUAAUGAAUAAAGUAGAAAGAUGGAACGGUUUAACAAACUCAUACAAACAAACCCAUUAUAUAUCAUACCACGCAUGCCCGCCCACGUGUACGCACAUUCAUAUAUAUACUCUACAUACGCUUAUUCUCACAUCCGCAUCAUCGAUUAGGGAGAAAGAAUCAAGACGUUUGACCAAAUAUUUGAUUUGAGGGUUGGCGAAGAGAUGGGUAACAGCGUCGGUUCCCGACCGUCGGACGCGGCGGGGGCCGCCGGAAAAGUCGUACUCUCCGACGGCAGAGUACAGAACUUAGAGGAACCUACGACCGUGGCUGAGCUAAUGCUCGAGCAUCCACAACACGUCGUCGUCGAGUUCGAUCCUUCGUCCAUAUCGUUCAAUGACCGUCGCCGGAAAAAUAACGGCAACGUCGUCAAGAAAAAGCUAACUCCGCUGCCGGCGGACAAGACCCUCGACCCGGGGAAGAUCUACUUGAUGCUUCCCUCCAAAAGGCGUGGCGCCAAAGUUUCUACGUCGGCCGCGGUGGCGGCGGCGGCGGAGGAGAUGCGGCGGAUGCUGUCGAGCACCACCGCGUUGUUAAGCUACUACGAGGGGAUUCUACCUUGGUUCGCUAGGGUUUAUCCGGCGGCGGAGGCAGCCGGAGAACGGGAUGUGACGGUUGCAGCGGCGGCGGUGGGGAGGUUGACGGAGCCGGAGGCGGAGGAAGAAGAUGAGAGGGUGAGGCCGGGGUAUUUGAGCAGGCAAUUGUCGGGAAAAGGAUGGAAACCGAGCCUGGAUACCAUCAAGGAGAAGAGGAUUAAGAGGAAAAUCCAUCACAUGUUGUCGUUUUAGCCAUACGGUCUGUUUUUGUGUGUGUGUGUGUGUCUUGUUUGCAUGUGUAUUACGUCAUUGAAGAAGACGUACAUGAAUCGUGCAUGUAAUCGGUUGUUAAAAAAUGGUGUUAUUCCUAUCUUUCGAAUUAAA